AGAACCUGCACAGAAAUUUCUCAUUCUAAUUAAAUACAACGAAGCGCCAUAAGAAAAAUGUACGGUAUAUUAUUUCCCAUAACGUACCUCGCUAUACUGACUCGUAUAUCAGGAUUUGUCAGUGAGCCAUUUACAGCCUAUUGGAACGUGCCCCUGGAAACCUGCACUAAAUUAGGUGUUAAUUUCGACCUGGACAAGUUCGAUAUAGUGCACAACCGCGGCAAUGUCUUCAGAGGAGAUAAAAUGGUGAUAAUAUAUGAACCAGGAUCGUUCCCCCACUACACGCCUGAUGGCCAACCCAUCAACGGAGGCAUACCACAAAGGGGGAACAUCAGCCUACAUAGUCUCUCCUUCAAGCAGCAGCUCUCAAACUUCGUGCAGUCGAACUUCUCUGGUUUACUGGUACUAGACUUUGAAGACUACUUUCCGAGAUACAAUGAAUUCCUUCCUAAAGUAUACCGCAAACAGUCGCUCCAGUGGGUGCGAGAAACUCAUCCUAACUGGACCGACGAGCAAGUUAUUGAGCGCGAGGCUGCGAGAAGCUUUGACGAAACUGCCAAGCCAUUCUUCCAGUUAUUGCUGGAUGAGGCGGCCGCCAGUUUCCCCGGAGCGCGGGUUGGUUACUACCACUACCCUUACUGCAACGCCUACACGCCCCCCUACCUUACAUGCGAUAAAACGGUCCAAAAUAUGAACGACGAGAUACGACCCUGGCUGCUGGACAGAUCCUCAGCUUUUUAUCCUUCACUCUACCUGCACCUGGAGUAUCCUAUCUACAGGAGGUGGAACGCUCAAAUGGCGAAACUGCGCGAAGCUCUAAGAAUGAAGAACGCAGACGUUCCUGUCCUGCCAUAUAUUCGAUACCGGUUCACAGACGUCAACCUGUUCCUAGAGCGGCUGUCCCUACAGCGGCUGCUAUGGCUCAUGAAAAUCUACGGAGCUCAGGGCACCGUUGUAUGGGGGGCGGCGUACGAUCUUGAGAGUGAGAAGUCGUGCCGCGAACUACAGGACAACGUAAACAACGUGUUGGGCCCCACGCUGAAAUGUUUCCACGACAUGAAUGACAGCGACGUGCGACGAUUAAAAAAUAAAUUUAACACCUUAAUGUACCAGCGUUUUCAAAAUGAUAGAAGCCAGCUGCUUCAUAAACACGAAACUCAAUCAGGUGGAAAUGCUCAGCCUGGCGAAAAACUUCUUCAAAACAAUCCAGACAAAAGCUUCACAACAAAAGACUACGACCAAGUUUUUAUCAUGAACGACAUGAUAGCGGACGAGCUUAAUCCCGACGACUGUGAGAAUUUGAUAGAUGGAAAUGAUUUCAGCUCUAACUUUGACCUCUCAACACUGAAAAAGGAAUACUGUAGUUACCUGUACUCAGAAGAGAAUGAAAUUAGAGUUUAUUCAAUUAUCAGUGGGAUUUUGGAUCAUUACUGUGGAGUUGACAAGGUCUAAUGAGUUUCAAUACAGAAUGUUUCUUUCAAGCUUGAAGUAAAAGCCAUCAUGUUAA